AUGAAGAAGCAAACGUUUUUCUUGGUAGCUCUUAUUUUUUUCGCUUUUGUCUUGUCUUCGUGGGUUAAUGCCAUGCCAAAAGUGAUUGAAAAGAGAGAUGUAUGCCCUGAAUUAACCUAUCAUUGCCGAUUUGUACCUGCCGGAACAUUAGACAAACAAGUUCUUGGCGAGCUUAAAUUCCAACAACAGCCCGAUUGCUCUGUGUGGCUCGACGGUCAGCUUAAUCAAGUUAUUGACACCACUUUGUACUCGGACUACGAUCCCGGAUGGAAAAUCUACGAACCCGAAUCGGAAUACUAUGAUGUCAAAAUAGUCGAUUCAGUAGGCACACUUAUCUGGAGUCUAAACAGUUUUCUCUAUCCAAUCCGGAUUGAAGCUCCUUUUGCAGCUGUUGUACCUUCACCCGGUCUAGGUUUCCCUUUUACAAAACUCAAAGGUAAAUUGUGUACAGUGAUAUACAACUGCGAAGAUGGCCCUGUUCAGCAACCUGGAGAGACCGAGGUUGUCGAAAUCCCUAAUUAG